AUGUCCCUGGGGUCGGAGGUCGUGGAGAUCAUGGUCGACCUCGCCUCCUCCACAUCCACCUGGCUGGUUGAUGAGGCUGAGCAUCCCGUGAGGGCCUUGGGGGAGUUCUCUGCCAUGGAACAGAAAAGAAUCCUGAGCUUCGAGAGCCUUGCUCUAGCUCCUUUGUACCUCCUCAUGGCAGCCGAACCGACGUCCCCUCGCUCCAUCGCCGUCCGUAGGAGCUGGUGGACUGUCCUCCUGCUUGCCGUCGUCUUCGGCAGCAUCGGCAGCACCUUCGGCUUCUACUUCUUCGACAUCUUCAUGGCUCGCUGCAUUGCGCACGACGCGACGGUCAAGGCGCGUCAUGCCGUGACUCACUCGAUCCUGUUAUGCUUCUUCCUUGGGGCCCCGUACGGGUGGGUGUCGAACAAGCUGACGGGGCUCGUGUCGAGGAUCUCAACGUACCAGAGAACGUGA